AUGCGCGCAUGGACGCGUAUACUUGCGGCGUCUGCGCUGUGGCGAAUCGUAUGUGUGUGCACACUGCUGGUGUGCACGCAUCUGCAGACAGCGUUUGAUACAUCUGCGGAGCUCGUGCGACUUACUUUGCCGCAGGGUGCAUGGGAUUCUGCGUGGGACACUUGGGCUGUUCCUUUUGUACGUUGGGAUACAGUCUACUUUGUUGCGCUUGCUCAUCCGGAGCGUGGGUACGUGUAUGAAAACACACUGGCGUUUCAGCCAGGCAUUGUGUUUGUGCUACGCCGACUUGGUUCUAUACCGGCGUUAUGGGGCGAUACUCGCUGGAGUGCCACGUGUGCAGUAGUGGGAGGUGCUUUUCUGGCGAACGUGGCCACUAUCGUCGCACCGGUGCUGCUGUACAUGUUGACUCGUGCCCAAACGCAUUCACGCGCCCUCGCUGAGCGAGCGGCUCUUCUGGCUGUUUUUGCGCCAGCUUCAGCUACGGCACUUACUGCUCCAACGCCUGAGCCAUUUUAUUCUGUUCUCGUGCUCAGCGGUCUUUGCGUGCUGCAACGCCCCUGUCCUUUGCCUCGGUGGUGUGCAGCUCUUUUCUUCUGUCUCGCAACGUGCUUUCGAGCGAAUGGGAUCCUGUUAGGUGCAUUCCUCGUAUGGCACGCGAUUCACCGCCCUUGGAUCGAACAGCGUCAGCGUACAUGCAUCACUGUCUGUGCAGAUGUCGUGAGUGCGGCGGCAGGCAUGAUUUUCAUCUCGAUCCCUUUCUUCUUGCACCAGCGGUGGGCGUAUGAACGACUCUGCCCUGGACGUCCAUGGUGUGACAUGGAGCCGAUCCCGCUCGUCUACAGUUUCGUCCAAGCACAUUACUGGGAUGUCGGUUUCUUUCGCUACUGGACACUCGCACAAGUGCCCAACUUUGUGCUGGCGUUUCCAGUCCUCACGCUCGGCGCGUACGGCUGCUGGCUGGCCACGCCGUGCGCGCGUCGUGUUGUCGAACAGACGCUGAUACCCUGGCGCGGUAGUGGUCUUGCCAGUGAUCCAGCCAAGCGCGUUUCCACAACCAUCCGAUCCCGGCCCGCUUUGCGCUGUGAGCUCGUGUACGUCUAUCAUACGGCUGUUGUCUUAUGUAUUCUGCUGUUCGCGAGUCAUGUACAAAUUGCAUUGCGGAUGGCGACGCCAGGGGGCAUGCCAAUGGUAUGGUGGGCUGCUGCCAUGCUAUGUGAGCGAGGCGGUCCUGCAUGGACAAAAGGGGUUGUGUUGUACUUGCUAUGCUACAGUGGGGUGGCAUGUGUGUUGUACGCAGGGUUUUAUCCGCCUGCAUAA